UAUAAUUCGUUUCUGAUGAUUUUGUAAACAAACUACAAGCACUUGCAACAUCAGCCUCCAGUUGCGUCGUGUUUGUGUGUGCGUGUCUGAGAAGUACUUAGUCUUGCAAAACGUAGUCGUGAAAAACGGAUCUGACAAGUACUAGUCGCACGACAUGUUUGUCAGUUAGUAGCUCACCGGAAUAAAAAUAGAAAUUGAAUAUAUGAACCGAAUAUAGAUUAUUGUGAAAGAAUACGAAUAGCCAAAAGAAACACGAUGGGGCGACGAAGUCGGGCGAAAAGAACCUGGCCUCAUUUCUCUUCUUGUUACGCAGUUGCAGGUGGUGCAGCGCUUCUUCUAGUUGCGCAGGAGCUAUUCGUCGUUGAUGCAGGUUCAUCUCCACAUGGUAGUCCGGGUGAACAAGAUGCCGAGAAUGAAGGAGGACCUCAAGCAGCUGCCACUCGGCUUCCGAAAGAGCCCCAGACAACAAGACCACUCAGAAGUACUGCUUCGAAAAGCAAGGGCAAAACCAAGAGCCGGUCACCGUUACCUGCUCUUCGCGAGGUACUGACUAUUUUGUUUGUGCUUGUCCUCUAGUCGCGUGGUGGUCCCAGUCGUUCUUGUACGAAGAAGUGUAUUGAAAACGUCGAUAGCGAACUAUCGUGCUCGAGUGAGCAUAUCCCUUGCUGCAAGUAGCCUGAUCGUAUGCUUUAACUGUCUUUAGUUCCCAACCUGCCAGCGCCUGCCACGUCCUACUCCUAGUAUAUGUAAAAGUACAACUCCAACGCGUAUAUCAUUUGUUUGUCUUUCCGACGGAGUACAUACUAUGAAUAUCAACACGAACACCAUCAACGUCAACAUCAGCACGAACUCGCACGGAAGGAGAUGAAUGAUCAGGAGGGCUCCGAAGAAUUGGAUGAGGAUGAUGAACUGGAAAUAGCGGCGGGUCCCGGCGCCGCUCAAGAAGAAGAUGUUCAAAACGGCGACGGCGCCGAAAAGGAAAUAUUAAACCAUGACAAUCUACAAAGCGAUCGAUCGAUCGAACAACUACUACAAGCUGUGCCCGCGGCGGCCCCUGCGCAGCAGCAACAGCAGCAGCUCGCUGGGGAUUUUCUCGGGCAACUGGAGGGAGCUCUGGGAGGCGCAGCAGGAGGCGGCGCUCUUGGUGGACCUCCAGGUGGCAUUCUGGGCGGAAUGAUGAACCAGCAGCCGCCACAGCCGCAGCCGCUUGCAGAUGAAAAUAGUAAACUGCGUCCUGGCUCUGAACAUCAUCUUCAGAAGACCACGCUGGUAGAUGAAGAAGAUCAAGCUGGUGCAAAAGAAAAUGAUCAAACCGACGAGGCACGACCGGCUCCGACAAGGAGAUCGGUUGGAGAAAAUCCAGCUUCACCUUCACCCCCCGCUGGACCAGGAGGACGAGGAGCCGGACCAUCUUCAAACAAGAACAUGAUUGACAAUAAUAUGUUCGCUGCGCCGGGCUUUGCAGGCGCCGCACAGCAACUCGGCGGGCUCGCGGAACAGCUGGUCGAAGACCCGCAGGCGUUGAAAACUGAAGCAGCCCAAGCUCUGGGAGGAGGACCUCCACCACCAGCACAGCCGCCAGCCGCUGCUGCAUCAUCGACUACAUCUCAAGGCGCCGCCGGGCCUGUGCUAAAUAAUGUGAGUAACGCUAUUGAAGAUAACAAACUACUGCAGCAGCUGCUGGGUCGCGUUAAUGAGGUUUCUGGCUUGGAAGAAGACGAGCUAGAGGCUCAAGCGAAGCCAAGCCGUCAAGCGGUGAAGCUUGGGAGUGCUACUACGUCCGCAUUGCUUGCGAGCGAAUUUCCGCCGGAGUUGCUUGACCGCGGGGACGCAUCGAAGGCGGCGAGGCUUCUGGCCCUGCACGACCACAACAAAACCGCGGCGGGCGACCAGCAUCUUGCGCACCAGUUCACGCUGAGCUCCCUGGUUCGAUUCUUGCAGCGACCGCCCGAUUGCCACGCAAUGCCAGAAUUCCUCUCCACCCUGGAUCACGACGACGAAUACGUCUUUCACCAGUUUGACCAGGUCGGCUUGUACCUGGUCGGCCUCUUCGCAUUCGCGUCCGUCGCGCUCGUCGUUUGUUUGUUCCUUUGCUGUCACACCCUGCCCGUCGCCGUGCCCAACCCGAAGAUGAAGGAGCGCGGGUUCGUGGGUCGGGUGCGACGCGCGGCCGCAAUUGUGAAACGCCGGGCGCUUGCCAAAGCCGAGGGCGCACAGAAGCUCGAGAAAAUGCUCGGCGGGGCUGCUGCAGCACAAGAAAUUUUUGCCGUUCGAGAAAAUCGUGAGGAUCAUGAGCUGCCCGAAGUAGAAGACGCCGAGGGCGAGGACAACAAGAACAUGAUCGAGUCGCCCGGUGGUUUGGAAGAUGCUCUCGUGCCCUUGCCACGCAGCUGGCUUGCGCUGAGGGACGUAUCCUUUUCUGUCCGCAACACAGGCACCGAGGGAGGCACGAUCGAGCUGCUAAGCCACGUGUCCGCCUGCUUUCGGUCCGGCGAGGUGGCGGCCAUCAUGGGACCCUCCGGCUCCGGGAAGACCACGCUUCUGAAUGCCAUUUCCGGUCGCGUCCGCUGGCGGCGAACUUUCGACGCCAACCUGGGCCUGCACGGGUCCGUGGAGCUUAACGGCAACCGGCUCACCGACCGGCAGCUGCAAACCCUGGCGGGCUACGUGUUCCAGGAUGACCAAUUAAUGGCGACGGAGACGGUGCAGGACGCGAUAAACUUCACGGCGGCGCUGAAACUUCCCCACCUGACUGUGGCGGAACGGCUGCAGCGCGUGCGCGAGCUGGUGGAUGACCUGAAGCUGAACGCCUGCCGCGAGACCCGCAUCGGCGAACCGGGGAACCCCGGCAUUUCCGGCGGGCAGAAGCGGCGUGUGUCCGCUGCCAUCGAGAUGGUGGGGAACCCCCUGAUUCUAUUGAUGGAUGAACCUACCAGCGGUCUGGACUCGUUCACCGCGAUGGUCUUCGUGCAAGAGAUGCGCGCGCUGGCCCAGGCGCAGAACAUCAUCAUCAUUUGCACCAUUCACCAACCGAGCACCGAGGUGUUCAACGAGUUUGACCGGGCUCUGAUCAUGGUCCGCGGCAGGAUCAUUUUCCACGGCAGGCUCGACGGAGAACACAGAACGACCGUUCACGAGCUGCUGGAAGGCACAGGAGCACAACAAGGCUCGUCGACUCCUGCCGCAGGAGGAGCUUCUGGAGAAAAGAAUGCUAGAAACAGCGUUUCUCUUGAAGAUCGCAUCUUGGCGCAACAAAAACACCUGGAUGAAUUGUUAAACAAAAGUUCUGUGGAAGGGGAUCAUGAUGUUGACCUUCCGAGUGGUCCGGCAGAACAACAUAAGCUUCAUGAUGCAAAAAAUGGCGAACCGCACAUCACGGACCCAACAGCGGGGGAACGUCCAGUUGGAAAGGCCGCAGCACCACCAGGGACGAAGAACGACGAUCACCUACAUGAUCCUGUGGUUCUUGGGGACGACGAUGGAGAUGAUGGUAGAACUACCACGCAGCUGCCGAACAAGAGGGUGAGCUACAGUAUGGAGGAACUGGAACAGCUGAGGCAGGAGAAGGAUCCGCUGGCCUGGAGCUUGCGGCGGAAUCUGGAGAAAGUCGCCCCCACCCACGCCUCCGCCAUGCCGGCCAACGAAAAUCUGGCCACCCGGGCCCUGUUGAUCGUGCAGCUGCUAGGAGACAGGGGCGAGGACGGAAAAAAGGAGUUGCGGCGCAUGGCGCUUGAAACGGCCUCCGGGUAUGACCAAUCCCUGCUCGACUCGUACAAUGCGGUCGACGAUGUUAACUACAUCGGAAAAAAUGAAAAAGACGGCCGCCUAGCUUCUUGCUAUGCCAAGCGGAGAGUGCAGACCAAGCAGUAUAUGAAGCAGUGCUUUUUCCAGACCCACCGCGUGCAGGUAAUUUCCAGCAAGACCCCCAACCGUCUCACCGGUUUGCAAACCGCGGAGCUACUGCGCCGCGAGAUGCGGUCCCGGCUGCACACCCUUUUCACAUUGGAGAUGUUCUCGUAUCUGGUGGUGCUGGCGGUGAACGUCAUCUUCGCUCCGCUAUUCAGCCCACACUUUCACAGCCAAACUCCCGCGGACUUCUUCGCGGACCUGGGGUCGGGGAUUUUGAUGAACCCCAACAAGACGGUGCUGGUUUUUGGCGUGAAGAUCACGAGCAACGCGCUGCUUUCCCCGGCGAUAUGGAUCUGGCCCCUGGUGGAGGUAGUUCUGAUCCUGAAAGAGCGGCCCAUCUUCUAUCCACAGAAAAAAAACCAUCCCCAUCCAUUUUUGCAUGACAAACAAAGGACUUCAUACGUGUUUUGCAUGGCAAAUUGGAUGGGGAUGGGUUUUUUUCUGUGGAUAUCUUCCUCCGUGAGUACACGAGUAAAACGUACCAGCUCACCUCCUACUGCCUUACCAAGCUCCUGAUGGAGGUCUACCUCUUCCUGGCGCGCGCCCUGUUUCAGGUGCUCGUCUUUUGGCACAUCUACGGCCUCUACGGUUGGCAGCUGUACGCCUACUUCUGCGUCUACCUCUGCUGCAUUCAGGUCACGUCCCAGUUUUUCGCCAUCUGCGCGGCGGUUCCGGACGGCUUCUCGCUGAUUUCCUUCGCCAGCUGCGUGGCCCUGCUCUUCGUGCAGUUCUCGAUCGGCGGCGUGUUGCGGCUACCCGCACCCUGGGCCUACAACCUGAUUAAAUACACUUCCGGUUUCUACCACGGGAUGAACGGCAUCUUUCGCACCCAGAUGCGGGGCAUCAUCGACGGAAUGGGGGAGUUCUCGAACUCAACGGCCUCGGACUACCUGCACACGCACAGAGACACCUAUCAGAGGGUCCAUGAAAAAGCGACCAAGCUGUGUGUUCACGACCACGACCCCGAUCUCGUUACCUUCUGCGAUUCGCACUACAUGAGCGAAACGGCGAAAAGCAGGAAUAACACGAGUACACCAACGGCAAACAGCAAGAUGAAGAUGAACACGGGGCCCUCGACCACGCCAGCAAGUAGCACGAAGGACGACGACGACGUCAACCUUGAAGGGGUCUUGGACCAUCUUCAUCUGGGCAACAGUGCACCAUCUACAUCUUCCUUCCUGGCCGACGCAGAACGUCAUGACUCGGCCAGCCUUGUCGAGGGUCUGCCGGAGGACAAGGAGCGGGUGGUGCACAAUUUCAACAUGACGCUGGGCCACUACGAUGUCGGGGUGUUCAUGGACGAUAGGCAGGAGCAGUGCUCCGCCCAAGUGGGCACGCCGGUCAAGCAUUUACUCGAUCAGCUCCUCACCAUGAACUACGACGUCGAAACGAAUAGCACGAGCGCGGAAGCUCUGCACCAACGGAGCUUCCAUGAGUAUCAAAUGUAAAAAUGUCUGGGUCUGGAAGAAUGCAACUUGUGAUGCUAUUUUUGGAAUCCAAAAAAAUCUGUAUUGCAUGAGCAACAAGAGGCGUCCAGUUUUUGCUCCGCGGAGAGGGGAUUUCUCAUGCGGGAUAGGCAUCAAGAUGCCCGCAAAAGAUUUGUGAUGCUGGUGCAUACAUCACAGACAUCACGGGUCAUGCAAAAUGUGCAUGACAAACCUUGCAAUCUUCCAGACCCAGACAUUUUUACAUUUGAUAAUGAGGGCGUCGUGGGCAACUUUUAUAACGCCACCUACCACGGGUACGGGGACCUCGCGGCCGUCGUCUAUCAACAGGGAAUCAAUCAAGAAGUGAUCUUCCGAUCUGCUGCUGCUAGUAGUCCUGAGAAAAAAUGAUCCAGUUUGAAACUACGUAGUUACGCGGAUUUGCCUACGCAGCAGCGACAAAGCACCUUUCAAAAAUCACUCGGACUGCAACAUCGAAGUUGUACUCAGUGAGUGAUUUCUGGUGAUCGUGAUGGUGCGCCUGGUGCAUGUAGUAAAACAGUGCGAAUAAAUCGCAAAUCCGUAUGGCAGACUGCAACAUUUCUUGGGGCUAGCAGCAGUUGCACUCGAAGUCACUCGCUUCGCCUCGUCUAUAUCGUCGUGUGCAUCCUGGGUUGGCGCCUCGUUGGCAUGGUGUUGCUGCACUGGAACAGCCGGUAUUAUCCACAGGAAAACUGUUCUCUUCCCCAGCACCCACUCGUUCCAAUUCCAAUUUCUUUGUCAUGCAGCAUAUGCAUUGCAUAGGCAAAGGCAUAGCUUCUACUUGAGUCAUGCAAAUAUGAACGGGGAUGAGAGUUUUGUUGUGGAUAAGUAUGCCGUGAAGAAUACUUAAAGCUAAAGAUAAACCCCCAGAACCGGAGUGCAGCUGUGAAGAAUACUAUAAAGUUUGUAUAAAUAAAACCUUCUCUGUGAAAUCGUCGUGCGGACAUCAUGUCGCAAGGCUUAUGUAUGCCUACCCCUCGUUCUAUGUACAAAGAUACCACGCGAAACCUAUAAGAAAAAUCAAACAAUGUUUCGUAUUGAUUGUCGCUAUAGCACUCAGUAAGCUCUGAUGUUUACUUGCUUCCAAGAAUAUACGUUUGUCUAUUUAGGUAAAUCAAAAUAAAGCUGAAAGCCAGGUGGGUGCUGUUUACAAGGGAAAACGGGUAAUUGAAACGGGAUAGCGACUUUUCCAAAACUUUUACUUUUACUUUUGGCAAAAUCGCUAUUUUGAUCGUCGGCAAUCCAUGCUUUGCGAAAAUUGUUUGGACCGUGCUGCCUGUUGCUGGUAAGUCCGCACUUUGGGAGUGGCAGAGCAUGAAAGGGCGGCACCUCUUCGCCGCGGCGUGUGCCCGCCAGCUGCCUGCCAUUUUGAUCGACGCCUCCAAGCAGGCUGCGGGAAAUGCCACCCGCCGCGCAUCGGACGGGCAGCGCCUCCGUGGUCGGUUGUUCGCGAUUAUUCGCGAGCGCUGUGGGGCCCUGUGCGCAUUUUGUGCACCUUUUGAAGUGGUGCGCGGGCGCUGGCCUUUGGCCUUUCAGUAUUCGCCCGGAUGUUGAUCGCCGCCUCGCGCUUCGGAAAUGCCGGGGCGCGUCGGCCCUCUUCGCCCUGAGCGCCUUUUAAAUAAGCAAUGGCACUGGCUGCCACUGCCAGGGCCCGAAUGCGAAUGGGCGCGCCGCCCCGCCGCGGUGUCUUGGAUGGCACGCCGGCCGCGCGCUGUCCGACGUACCUUCGGCCCCCUACAUUCUGGCCCGCCGCUUGCCCAUUCUUACAAAAUAGAGGCCGUCGCGCCCCGGCCGUCUGUUUCCUGCCCGCCUUUCCGCGGUUACGCGACGCGGCCGAAGCGUGCGCCAAAGGCGCCCCCCUUUUGCAACCAACGGGCAGAGGCGGCUCCUCCGCUCGUCUCGCUAGCGGUGGCAGAAGUGUCAAGGGCCUGCGGUCGGGGGGCCACCCCGAUGGCCGGCGCGUGAUGUGGGUCUGUGGCGCGCUGUGGUGGCGCCACCUGUCUAUUUCGGUUGCCCGUCUAUUCUGCUUCGCCUGCUUGAACGAGAGAAGCAAAGAGGCAGCAUACCAUGCGGUCCGACGUCGGACCGCAUGGUAUGGCGCGCGAUGGUGGGCCGGCCUCUCGCGCCAGGCCGUCCGUGCGUGCGGCAUGCAUCGCGAUGUGGGGCCGACCCCCCCCGGUUGGGUGGGCUUCCCCGGCGGGGUGUUCUUUGGUUCAGGAAAUGGAUAACGCAACUCCCCCGGGUGGCCCGCCCCACAAGCGAGCCGGCGGGCGGGGCCCCGUGGCCCCUCUGGUAUGUUGCCCUCCAGCACGAGCCUGUGUGCCUGGGUGGUUUGCCUUCUCUUGUAAGAUGUACCGCAGCGACCCCGUGAGCCGGCUCUAUCUCUGCAGCUUUCCUGACAAGAACCGCCAAAAACGGCCGGGGGCUUGGGGCGUUGGCUCGCAUUUUUUCGCAUGUUGAAGAUGAAAAAAACCCAAGCGCGCCCGCCUGUUUGGUUUUGUCUUCAAUGAAUGCAGUCGCCGGUGGGCUCAGUCGGCCGCCGGUGGAAAGACUGUCUGAAAAAAUGACGUAGGGGGGUCGGCAAACGUGGCACCCUUCUCAGGCGCCGGCCGCGUGGGAUUCUGGCGCGCGACUUGGGGCGCCCAAAAGGGCGCCCCAAAAAACCCGCCCGAAGCCAGAACAGCGAAGCCGUAAGUAUGGCAGGGCCGCGAAACCGGUCGCGAAUCGAAAGCGGCCGCCCUUUUGCCGGGUUCUCAGCGGGGGGGCGCUAGCUUUGCAAAAGGCGCGGGCGCGAAAAAUAACACACAACGCAAAAAAGAAGAAACGCGCCAAGCGCGCGAAGCCAGCCCGCAUUCUAUGGGCCCGCUUUUCCCUCGGUUUUUGGGCGCCCCCCGCGGUGCCCGGGCCGGCCCGAUAGCAUCGGGGUUGGCUUUCGGGAAGGCGUUUUGGCAAGUUGCCCAACGUCUGCCAUUUUCCCCAACCGGCCGCCAUACCGUGCGGCAUAACCUUACCCACCCCGGCACGGCGGGCCCAGAAAAAGCAAAAAAGUGGUGUGGGCCAAGGUCGGCGGGCAAAGAAGCGGCGCCGGCCUCAUUAUCUCCGCCCCGGCGGCCAUAUUUGGCGCAUUGAAGUAGGCGCGCAGCACGCCGCGCGGGCGGCCCGGCCUCGCACGUUCGGGCCGCAUGGCGUGGCGCGCUACGCUUCGGUGGAGCUGCCCGCGCCUCACGUUUUGGCUCGGCGCCUUUCUUUGGGCGCUAGCUAGAGGCCGUCCGGCCUGCCCCUUUCUCUUUCAUAUUCGCCGCCCCCCCGCACUUACAUACAAAGCGCCGAGACCAUGCCGCCGCUCCCGAGUGCUCCGCCUCGGUCGCGGCGGCCUUGCGCGGCCGGCUUUUCGCGAGUAGAAAGGGCGCCGGCGCAGCAGGGGCGCGCGCGGGGCGCCACUCACAUGCUGCCCCGCCGGCGCGCGCAAUAAGUUCGCCCAGGAGGCUCUGUCCCCAUUUUCGGGGAGACCGCCUCAGCCAUGUAGAAAAGGGGGGGGGCAGCAGGAUUCUUCGCAAGCCUGGCGGAUGCGCAAGCCUUCAGGCUUUUCGGCUUUUGAGGGCGCGGCGAAGUCUUCUGCUUGAGUGCCGAAAACUUGCCGAAAACUUUCCCCCGAACUUUCCCGAAACUUUCCCGCUUCGGGAUCAUUUUCGGACUCGAAAACUUUUGGCUGACUUUUCAACUCCCGGUCUGUAACUUUUGGUCGACUUUUCAACGGGAGAAUUUUUCGGGAAGGUUUCGCGGAAGGCUUUCGCCGACUUUUCGGGAAAGUUCGGGGGAAAGUUUUCGGCAAGUUCUCGGCAAAGUUUCCGGCAGAGUUUUCGGUAGAGGGGCGGAAAAGUUUCGCCGCCCGGCGCCUGCCCUUUGUUCCUGCCCGCCAGCCGGGCCGCCCUCGGGCGGCUGCCUUGCGCCCGAAAAGAGGCAGGCACAGCCCCCCGGCAGGCACGCCUGCGGUUAUUGCGCACGUAGCCAGGCAAGCGGCCGGCCCCGCCCCGGCGGGCGGCCGGCGCUACGUUGUCGCAUGCGCCACCGGGCAGCGGAUUCACGCCCCGGGGGCGCCGGUGCGCGUGUAGCUUGCUGCGAACCAAGAGAGGGCGCCCGGGCUUCGGCGGUUGCUACCGACCCCCUGAACUUGGUUGGCGCGUUGCGCCGUUCGGGGCGCGUGCGGGGCAUGCGCUCCGCGUACUCCACACUUGCGGCGGCCGGCGGGCUCUUGGGGGCCCGGGCGCCGCUGGGGUUGGCGUCGGUUUGCCCAAACCCAUAGACGGAAGGAACACCCGGCCCGGCCGCGCCAGUCCUUCGCCCCCCCCGCCCGCGACCGACCUAGACCGGGGCCACAGUGUGCCGGCCGGCAACAGCCGCGCGGGCGUGGCGCCUCCCUGCGCACUGCUGAGCCCGGGCGGGGGAGGCGUGUUAUUGGGGCGCCGAAGCGAUUCCGCCGCAUCCGCCAGGCGCCAGCCGGCCGGGGCCGGCCUGUCUGGGGGCCUCCCGCCCUCUGAUAUGGGGGCGCGCCUGCAUGUUGGGCCCCGCCGGCCUGCCUGCGCGCCUGGAAUACCGGGCGGCGCCGCCGCGGGUCUACUUCCUACGUGCCGGCGGCCCGAUUGCCACCCGUCGUUCGUCUCGCCCUUCGCUCGCCCUGCGCCCCACCCUGUGGGCCGGGAUUGGGCGAUCUGUUUCGUCUCUAUCUGGUCAGCCGGGGCCUGUGCGUUUGCUGUUUUGCUUUUCCGACAAGCAUACCGUGCGGUCCGACGUCGGACCGCAUGGCACGCUCGACACCGUUUCGGGCGGGGCGAGCCAUGUUGGGGCGCCGGGCGAUGUGGUUGGUGCACGGGCGGAACUGCGCCCCUGCGUGCGACGUAGGGGAGGGGACGUCGUGGGGGCUUAGUUACCCUCGGGGCCUGUUUGCUUGCUACGUGUGGGGCUGUCGGACGGUAAGCCGCUGCUGCGUGUGCCCAGCGUGCCAAAUAUAGCCUCCGUGGCGGAGGUGGUGAGGUCGGUGCCGCUGGCUGCCUUGCCCGCCCGCCGGCCGUUGCCCUGGCCAGCCACUGUGUCUUUUUUCUGGGCCCCCCGUGCCGCUUUUGGUAUGGCCAUGCCGCGUGGCUUGGCCGUCUUUUGGAAAGCAUGGUAGUUCUUUGCCAAAUUUUCAGAACCCCUGUCCGAAAGCUAGCCCUGGCGGUAUGGGGCCGAUCCGGGCGCCGCGGUGGAGCGCCCUGAAACCGAAGGCAAACCGGUCCCAUGGCAUGGGGAUUGGCCUCGCGCGCUUGGCGCGCUUUUGCUUUUCUGUGUUUUUUCUUUGCGCGCCGGCACCCUUUGCAAAGCUUCCGCCGCAUAGAAACCGGCGAAAAGGCGGCGGCCGCUUUCGCGGCCGGCCAAAUGCUCCGAACGGAGCCCCGGCCCUGUCGUGCGGCUUCGCUUUUCUGAUUUGCCGCGAGUUUUUUGGGGCGCUCUUUUGCGCGCCCCAAAUCGCCAGAACCCCACGCGGCCGGCGCCUCAGCGGGGUGCCCCUUUUCUUUGUCGGCCCUCCUGUGUCGUUAGUAUUAUCAGCCGGCGACCGAUAGAACCCGGCGCCGGCGGUUCGUUGAAGUCAAACAAAGCCCAACAGGCUGGCGCGCUUUGAUCUUCCUCAUGUGGAAAAGCGCGAAACAGCAGCACACACCGCCGGCAGCUUUUGGCCGGUGGUUGCUUUGCAUUAAGAAAGCUGCCAGGGUCGGGCCGUUUCGCGGUGGCGGCCCGCCGGCGGCGGGAGGCGCGGGCGGGCGCCGCGGUUCGCGGUGUUUGUGAGGCUUGGGCGCGCGCGUUUUUUGGCGAGGGCGCGUGCUGCCCGGUGCCCGGUUGCGUCGGGUUUAGGGUCUGGCGGACCGGCCCCCUUCCCUGCGUCGGUAGCCCUCCUCCUAGUCCGUUCCCGGGUAGGCCUUCCGGGCCUGGGGGGGGGCGGGUGGGUGCGAUGGGCGGUCAUGGCCUUUUUCUUUAGGGCGCCCGCGCCGGCAGCCGUUGGCUGGGUGCGGUCGGCGGGUGCCCGGCGCGCGCACGCUUCGGCGGGUUGAAAGGCGGUCGCUCGGGCUUCGCCGAUCACCCGCGGGACAAGAGGAGGCGUCGGCGCCCAAGACCUCGCAGGCGCCCCUGUUCUGUCGCUUGGAGUAUCUUCGCUGCGUUUUUUCGUUCUGAGUCGCAUUACCAAAUCGUUUCCAAUGCCGUGAAAUCCUGAAAAGUCAAAUGAAAAGUUUUGGAAAAGUUCGAAUCGCCCGCCAAUUAGUCGCUUUCCCUUGUAAGCUGUAGCUGCACCAGCGACUGCAACCCUGUAGCUAAGUGUCAACUUCCUCUACUAUGCUAUUUUCACAACAGUUUGAUAUCGGAGUAGUGUUGGAGCAUCUCUAGUUCAGUUUAUCGCUCAUUGCAAUCUUCACGGAAUCAGAUUUGCAACGUACCAAAGAUAGAGUUAGAGAGUGCUGCUUUGUAUGAUCGAUACAGAUUUCGCCAUUGUAGGUUGGUAAGCCAGGAAAAAGAGAAAUCCGCCGAGAUAAAUGGAAAAGAAAAUAAGUAUUUCAGUUACACAAGUUAACCCACUGGCCGUGAGAUUUGAUGUUCAUCAACUGGUAGUUGUGACCGCCAACGCCCGCUAAUCCGUUUCGUCAAACAUCUUGCCGGUGAAGUGUUUGUCACGGAUGUCCGAGGAAUUGCAGGAAUAAUUUGACGCAUUUUCGUUUUCGUUUUAAUGAACCUGAACGUCCUGCUCCUGUGAAAAACAAAAAAAAUAACGCCCGUCCAGCAAUUUCGCAAGAUUCUGAUUGUGAUUUGUGAAGAAGGAGCAUUGAUAGUUAAAAACGCACGUUCAGCUUUUGUAGUACCUUAACGGAGGUCCUUCGUGCAAUGAACAAUGAUUACUU